AUGGAGGCCAUCCUUAGCGGUAUCAUGGACGAGAAUAACAUCCAUGAUGACCUCAUGGACAAGGAGUGCUACAUCUAUGGCCGUGAAGGAUUCGAAGCUGAUGACAUGGACCUCGAUACAUCGACAUCAACAAACUCAUUCGGCGCGAAAUCUAUCGAUCCUUUUGACUUUGUAUAUUCCAACCUCCCAAACAGCACGCACAUGCUGCAGCCGGAACCAGACUGCGAACACUGCCAUGCCAAGAAGUUUGAGCGUGAGACCGACGGUUUCUGUUGUCGAAACGGAAAUAUCAAGCUUGCUGAAGCAGAACCUAUCCCGGAGCUGGUGAGGCUAUGGUCUAGCACGGAUUCGGACUCUCGGCAUUUUCGGGAGAGCAUACGAUUCUUCAACGGCCACUUCUCAUUCACAACUCUUGGUGUCAGCCUAGACAACAGCUGCACCAACAUGAGGUCCGGGGUGUACACAUUCCGGGCGCAAGGCAAAUUAUACCACAACAUGCAUUCGUUCGGGCCAAACUCUCGCCCGGAACAUCUACAACUCUACUUCUACGAUGAUGAUCCCAGCCUGAUCCAUCGCAAGGAAGCCACCAAGGACCUGGACCAAGAGGUUGUUCGGAAGGUUGUAGACAUACUAAGAGGAAACCCCUACUCCGAGCAGUUUAGGAGUUUGGGCGCCUACAAGGACAACCUCGAGAACUACCGUAUAGAACUGAACACCGACAAGAAGCUAGACCAACGGAGAUAUAAUUUACCGUUGUCGUCUGAGGUGGCUGCGAUCUGGGUCGAGGGGAGCGACCUCGCAAAUAGAUUCAAGCGCAGCAUUAUCCUAUACGGUGACAACAAUGAGAGGCAUAGUAUACAAGCUACACAAGGAUGCUAUGACCCGCUCUCGUACCCCCUCUUUUUUCCCAAGGGGGAGCUCGGCUGGCAUCCAAAUCUCCCUAAACGUGAUACGCCUUGGCAUGUCGCACAAAAGUCAAGAGAAGACCGUGGCAAUGAAGAUGGAGGUGGAAAUAUAUGUGUCUCCGUUAGGGACUACUACUGUUACCGACUACAGACGCGUCCGGCUAUAUUCAACCCCAUACUACAUGGCGGGCGUCUAUUCCAACAGUUUGCAGUCGACAUGUACAUAAAGAUUGAGGGAUGCAGGCUGAGUUGGUUUAGGGAGCACCAGUCGGAGAUACGCGCGGAUCUAUACAAAGGCAUUGUGGAUAGCAUCACCGCCGGAGAGACUCGCGCAAGCGCUGUUGGCACAAGGAUUGUUCUCCCAUGGAAGUUCCAGGGGGGCUUCCGAGACAUGAAGCGUAGACAUAUGGAUGCCAUGGCGUUGGUGCAGACUUACGGCAAGCCUGACAUCUUCUUGACAAUGACCUGCAACCCUAACUGGCAGGAGAUACAGGAUGCACUUCUUCCAGGACAAACCCCUCAGGACCGACCAGACAUUGUGGUCCGAGUGUUUAGGGCCAAGCUGGAGAUGAUGAAAGAGAUGUUGACCAAGAAGCAUAUUCUAGGCGUUGUGAAGGCCUACGUCUACGUGGUCGAGUUCCAGAAGAGGGGCCUCCCGCACGCCCAUUUCUUGUUGAUCAUGGACUCAAUAUAUAAGCUCAUUGUGCCAGAGCAGUACGACCGCGUCAUAUCCGCCGAGCUCCCGGACAAGAAUAAGUACCCGGAGCUAUACGCCAUAGUCGUGAAGCAUAUGAUGCACGGCCCAUGCGGUGUCCUCAAGCCAAACAACGUGUGCAUGCAAGAUGGGUCCUGCAAGUGUAGGUACCCGCGGGCAUUCAAUGAAACCACUGUACAGGGGAAGGACUCGUACCCCAUUUAUCGGAGACGGAAGGACGGUUGUUGUGCGAAUGUCCGAGGCCAGAUGCUAGACAACAAAUGGGUUGUGCCUUACAACCCCUACCUCUUGCGGAUGUUUGACUGCCACAUCAACGUGGAGGUGUGCUCUAGCAUAAAGGCCGUCAAGUACCUAUAUAAGUACGUAUACAAGGGCCACGAUCAGACUUCGUUCAAUAUCGAGAAGCCCGACGCCGAUGGUAACAUAGACGAAAUCAAGAGAUUCGUUGACGCAAGGUGGGUUACUCCACCGGAGGCCAUGUGGAGGAUAUUCGGCUUCAAGCUAUGUGAGAACCACCCGUCAGUCCUACCACUUCCGCUUCAUCUCGAAAAUAUGCAAAUGGUCACGUUCAAAGCAGGAGACAGCCUAAAGGACGUCGCCGCCCGAGAGACCCCAUCCAUGCUGACUGAGUAUUUCGUGGCUAACCAGAAGCACGCAUGGGCUCGGGAUAUUCUUUACAAAGAUUUUCCGAGAAGCUUCACAUGGCAAGCAGCAAAAUACUGGAAGAAAAGGGACAAGGGUCAACAAAUAGGUCGGAUCGUGUCAGCCCAUCCUGCUGAGGGGGAUCGGUACUUUCUGAGGGUGCUGCUAAACCACGUACCAGGCUCAAGGUCCUUUGAAGAUCUCAAAAUAGUGGACGGUGUGCUAUGUGAUAACUUUCGUGAGGCCGCCGAGAGGAGGGGUCUCAUCGAGGCCGACAACACGCUCGACGAGUGUCUUACCGAGUCAGAGGAGUUCGCCAUGCCAGCCUCACUCAGGAGGCUCUUCGCAACGAUCUUAGUGUUCUGCGAGCCUGGAGAUGUGCGUGGUCUUUGGGAUAGGCACCUUGAGGCGAUGUCUGACGACUAUCGGCGCAAACACACAUGCCCAAAAGAAGUGGAGCAGAAGGUGUUACUUGAUAUCAGAGGCAUGCUGCAGUCCAUGGGCAAAGACAUAAAGUCGUUCCCUCUCCCAGACAUCGACGAGACCUACGACAACACAGAUGGAGAGGCUAGGGAGGUCAUCGAGGAAACCAAUAUCCAGGUAGACAAGGAAGACGCUUCUCUAGCGACCUCACUAAACCACGAGCAGAGGCUUGCCUACGAUGAGAUACUAGCGGCAGUUGAUAGCGGAGAUGGGGGCGUAUUCUUCGUGGAUGGCCCAGGAGGCACAGGGAAGACCUACCUUUAUAGGGCACUGCUUGCUAGGGUUCGGAGCGAGAGAAAGAUCGCGUUAGCCACAGCAACAUCAGGAGUCGCCGCUUCCAUCAUGCCAGGAGGCAGGACAGCCCACUCGAGGUUCAAGAUCCCACUAAACCUUGAAGAAGGAAAAUCAUGCAGCUUCACUAAGCAAAGUGGGACAGCCAAGCUCCUGAGGAUGGCUUCACUCAUACUAUGGGACGAGGCAACUAUGACAAAACGGCAAGCCAUUGAGGCGUUGGACAGAAGCAUGCGCGACAUCAUGGAAUGCCCAAACCGACCUUUCGGGGGCAAGACCGUCGUGUUCGGUGGGGACUUCAGGCAGGUGCUUCCCGUAGUGAGGAAAGGGUCACGGGGUCAGAUAAUCGACGCAAGUCUGCGGAGCUCAAACCUGUGGAAGGGCAUGCGCCAGCUAAGGCUCGUCGAGAACAUGAGGGCACAAAGCGACGAGUGGUUCGUGGAUUACCUAUUGAGGGUAGGUAACGGCACCGAGGAAACUGACGAGGACGGAAACAUCAGGCUUCCCGAAGAUAUAUGUGUGUCAUCUACAGGCGACAAUGUGGCUGAUAUAAAGAAGUUGAUCGACCAUGUAUUUCCUACCCUAGACCACAACAUGGACAAUCCACAUUACAUGACUUCUCGAGCUAUCCUCUCCACAAGGAACGAUAGCGUCGAUGGAAUAAACAUGCACAUGAUUGAGCGUUUCAAGGGAGAGGAGAGGAUCUACUAUAGCUUUGAUAGUGCGGAGGACGAUCCGCACGGCUACUACCCUCAAGAGUUCCUGAAUGACCUAACUCCUAAUAGGCUUCCACCACACGCGCUUAAACUGAAGAUAAAUUGCCCCGUUAUAUUACUGAGGAAUCUAGACCCAGCUAACGGGUUGUGCAACGGCACGAGGCUUGUGGUCCGUGGGUUCCAGAGUAACGCCAUCGACGCAGAGAUCGUCAUGGGGCAACACGCAGGAGAGAGGGUGUUUCUUCCUCGUAUACCUCUAUGUCCAUCUGACAAUGACAUGUUCCCGUUCAGAUUCAAGAGAAAGCAGUUCCCGAUCAGGCUCAGCUUUGCCAUGACGAUCAACAAGGCGCAAGGGCAAACCAUCCCGACUGUGGGCGUGUACCUACCGGAGGCGGUAUUUUCUCAUGGCCAGUUGUACGUCGCGUUGUCUAGAGCCACUGCGAAAAGCAACAUCAAGAUCCUCGCCACCAAGGACAAUGGGAAGGACGAUACCAAGAAUUCAAAGAAGCGAAAAAGAACCGAGUCCUUAGUAACGACCACGCUGAACAUAGUCUACAAGGAAAUCCUUAGCAAUUGA